GCUUGUAGAAUCUAGAUUUCACCGGAGCUGAAAGAGGUGGGGAACCUUCGCGUGAUUUACUCCCCGCACCACCAAGCUGCAGGCAUCUACUCUAAUUCUGUGCUUUUGUAAAAUAAAUAAAAGGCUAAUUUAUUUUUUUAAAAAUCUGGAGGUAGCUAUUUAUAUAUUUAUUUUUUAAAAGUCCAUAGUUUAUUUUUUGUUUCAACUUGGAUUAUCUGAAGACUCUCCGACCGCCUGUAUUUUUCUUAGGAUAAAGAUGAUUGAUACCUUUGCAACAAAUGGGACUGAGUUACUAGUGCAGCUCAAUGGGUUGCUUGAGCAGGAAUUAAGAUAUCAGCCAAAGGUCUCUGGCUUGCGAAUAAUUGAAGCAGCUCAUGAUAAUGGGCUCCGGAUGACAGCAAGAUUGCGGGAUUUUGAAGUGAAAGACCUGCUUAGUUUGAUUCAAUUCUUCGGCUUUCGCACAGAGACGUUUUCUCUUGCCGUGAAUUACUUAGAUCGUUUUUUAUCAAAAAUGAAGGUGCAGCCAAAACACUUGGGCUGUGUUGGCUUAAGUUGCUUUUACUUGGCUGUGAAAGUCAUGGAAGAAGAGAGUAAUAUUCCACUAGCUACUGACUUAAUCCGAAUAAGUCAGUAUCGGUUUACUGUUAGUGACCUAAUGAGAAUGGAGGGAAUUCUUUUAGAGAAGCUACAUGGAAAAGUAAAAGCAACAACUGCCUUCCAGUUUCUGCAACUUUAUUGUUCAAUUCUGUGUGACAGCAUCAACUGUGAAAGGAACGAUAAUCUUAAAUUAGAGAGACUUGAAGCCCAACUAAAGGCCUGCCACUGCAGACUUAUUCUUUCAAAAGCAAAGCCUUCAGUAUUGGCACUUUCAAUAAUGGCUCUAGAAGCUGAAGAGGAAAAAGUACCAGAAUUGGUUGAAAUAAUACAGUGUCUCCGAAUACAUUCCAAGAUAAAUAGUAGAGAAUUUUCCUUUUGGAAAGAACUUGUAUCAAAGUGCCUCUCAGAAUAUUCCUCAAGCAAAUGUUCUAAGCCAAGUGGACAAAAGCUAAAAUGGAUUGUGUCUGGUCGCACAGCCCGGCAACUGAAACACAGUUAUUACAGAAUUGCCCAUCUUCCCACAAUCCCAGAAACUGGUCCCUAAAAAGUGGUAAUCCUGAAGAAGAGCAGAUGGGACAUUGGCCACAUAUGUUUAAUCAACAAGGAUAUAAGCUUUCUGGUGCUGAAACAGAAUUUCUUGGAUUCUUCUGGCCUAUGGAAAGUCUGAUUUCAUGAAUAUUAAACUGCAACCACAUUUUUUUAAGCUCUGAACUAUACAGCAAUAUAGUGUGUUGCCACAAGACUUAAUUUUCUCAAGAUUCUUAAUAAAACUGAAGAUUUUUUUUUAUAAAGCAAUGUUUAGGGCUAAAAUACAAACAAGUCAGAUGCUUUUGUUUUUAUCUGCCUUCUGGAAAUGUGAAAACGUGAGUCAUAAGCUUGAUCCUUAAUUCUGCACUUCUGAACUAAAUGGUGGUAGAAGAUGAAUAUGAAAAUGAACAUAACUAUCACUAAACUAGUAAAAUAGAUAUGCAUGUAUUUUCUAGAGAGAGUAGAACAUUACUAAGGGAAAGAAAGUUGCUACAUCUAAUUCAUGGUAAUGGUAAUAAUGAUUGAGAAACUGUAACUAAGAAUUUCAAAUCAAUCCAAAAUUAAAUUCCUUUAAACUAGAAGUGGGGAACUACGGCCCCUUUAUGAGCAUGGAUGCCUCAGGGAUAUUGGGAGUUUAAGUCCACAAAUCAUAAAAGAGUCAUAGUUCCCCACUUCUGCUUUAAACCUUGAUUCACAUUAGAGGUUGGGAAUUGAAUUAAAGAUAUGUUAGUCCUAGAUCAUUCUGAGUUCAAGAGCCAAAUUUAGAGAUCUGUAUUUACAGUGUAUUAACAUAAAGAAUACAUUUUUAGCAAGUAUCAUUACAGUUCAGAUUGUAGCCAAGUAAAUUUGAAAGAAGUUGGAAAGUCGCUGUGGAAAUUAAAGCUGUUUGAAGAAUGCAAGUCAGGCACCAGCUGAGAAUGUGGGCAAUGUCUAAAAAUAGAAUUAACAUUUUAAAUUUCUCCCAGAGUGUUUCACCUCAAUCUUUAGUUCUGUUUGCAUGUACCAAAAUUGGUGGGGCAAAUUAAGCAUGAUUUAAGCUCUGCAUUUCACUGCAAACUGCAGCUAAUUUUACUGCACUUUCCUGGUUUGGAUUAAACUUUACAGGUUGCUAUUAGAAGCAUAAAAAGUUCUAUGUUUAUAUUAAGCAUGUAUUUUGGGAAGUGUGUCUCUGAUUUUGGAUUACCAUCAAGCUUUCAGUAAAACAUGUUAAAUCAUUUCAAAGCAUAGAAUUUAGCAUUAUGCUACUUUAAACAGUUUUAAUUCUUUCCAAUUUAUGUAUUCUACCAUACCAUAGUGUGUGCUGCUUUGUUCAGCCCAAAGUUGGAGUGAAUUUUACUAGGAAGAACUAUGGGAGCUGAUGCUAAAAGCUAGGCAGGAUUAAACUACUAUUUUGCUCAUUCUAUUUAUAAUUAUCAGUUGAUUCAGAUGAAUAAUUGAGGUGGAAUAAUUGAGCACAAGUUGUGUAUUGCGAUUUCUUGAAUGUUAAAAGCCUAAGGAAGCAACAGUUGUUACCCAGCAAUGACCUGUUAAAUCAACUGUCAACAUGUUCAAUAGCUUUUGGACUUCGGUUCUUUUUAAAUCACUUUUUGCAAGGUCUGUUUGUAGUUGUAUUGUGUUCAAUUUAGUAUUCUCCCUAAGUACAGGCAUUUUACUGGUUGUUUAAACUGCUACAAGAAAAACUGAAAGGAUAAUGCAACAAUUCUUAUCUUUUUAAUUUUAGCACAUAUACCUGGUGUAAUUUCACAUUGUUUACUUAAAGCUGACUGGCUUGUCUUUAGAAUCAAAGUAACAAAUUUAGGAGACUUACUACAAUUACAGAAAUCUGAAGACUUGUUUUUGGUUUAACCCAGCAUUUGGACAAACCAUUUACUUCUACCUCAUUGCAAGCUGCUCUUCAGAACAAAACUGAUGGGAAGUUUACUCAAACUAUCAUUUUUAUGGACGUUAUUAAUUGAAUAAUUGUAUCUUAUAUGCCUUUAGUAUUUGAAGAUUGAAACUGAACAAUGUUCAAUAUGUUUACAGUGUCAAGAAGGAACAAACUCGUUAUCAAAAUGUCCUAUUAUGCCUAUAAGCAACAAGAGUACCUUUCAAUAAAACACAUUGAAAUGGAA